UACAUUUUAUAGUCCAUGGGAAUGUUUAUUAGAGUUUACUGAAGUGACUGACAAACAGGCGUGUGGCAGCCUGGCACAGUGGCGGUGUUGUGAUGCACGCGGAUGUGUUGUGGUGGUGACUGGUGAUAGUUAUUACUGCUGCCAGCUAGCCUUCUGUGAGUCUAUGGUGAGGGAUGAGCCGUAGAGGUGUAGCAGCUCCUCCGUGCCUGCCAGACUGAGGGUUUAAACAGGCUGCGAAUAGUACACGGGCGGUCUUCCUUGGCGGGGAGUGAGUGAGGUGGUGGUGACGCUCCGUGACGGACACUAAGGAACCAGGAGGGACAGCGCCACAGCGGAAGUGUGUCAAGGAAGAUGUUUCAACGGCCGCGUGCAGGGGAGACGGAGGAGGACCUGAUGCUGCAGCAGGAGCAGCUGGUGGCCCAGGGCAAGAUGCAGCCUUCCGUCAAACUGGUCAGGCCGGACAAGCGCAAGACUGAGGACGGCUCCUUGCCAGAGCCGGCAAGUAGUAACGCCCCAAGAUCCAAGUUUGCACAGGACCGUGCCAACAAGAAGAAGAAGGAAAGCAUCAAGGACCAGACUGUCUUGGCUGAGAGUGUGCACAGGAUACCCAGGGCAGCAGUGUUGGGUCAUGUGGUGGAACGAAAGGCAGCCUUGCGUCCCUCAGCCCCCAGCCUGGCCCAAUGGUGCCCCCACCCCAGCCCCCAUGGCUUCCCUCAGCCCAGCGCCCUCCACACCCUGGCAAAUGAUGGAACGGAAGACUCGGACAAAGCAGGAGUUAAGGGCAGGGCGAAAAAAUCUUUGUACAUGAGGGAGUUGGAGCGGCAGGGACUGGUUGGCAGAGGCAGGGAUUCCACCACCACCACCACUGCUGUCACUGCCCCACCAGCCACUCCAGACCCCAGCAUAGUAGCUCUAGGCAGCAGCAGCGUCAUCAUUCGAGGGGACGGCGUGUUGAAGGAAAAAUCAGAGGUGGACAAAAUUCAUCAGGAGAACUUAAGCCGUCUGUCUGCCAUGACUCACCAGGAACGCAUGAGGGAGAGGGAGGAGCUUCUGUCUUGCCUGUCGGAGGAGCAGAUCGCCUUCCUCCGCUCCCUCAGGCAAGGCAGGAGGAGGCAGGGCACAGGGGGCGAUGAGGCAGAGGCAGAGGCAGGGGCAGGGGCAGGACGUGAAGUGACACCUAUGGAAUGUUCUGAGGUGCAGGGAAUGAAUGUAAAGGAAGAAGGGAUUGGUGGUGAGACAGAAGGGAAUGAAGAUGGUGAAUUUGAGAGAGCAGCUGCAAGAACAGAAGAAAAGGAGGAGAAAGAUAACGCAGCAUCUUCCGACUUGCCCAUACCACCGAAGGAAGCUGAGAAAUGGGUGCACAUGGACAAGGUUGAGAUGGAGAAGCUGCAGUGGAUGACCUCCAUGCCGCCGCCAAGACCACUCCAGGACAACGAGGGCUUUGUGGCAAGGUUUGACUUCAAGGGUGACAUCCUCCCAUACUCUGCAGACAUCUCCUACCGCCAGGCACUGCAUCACCACGGGGAGGAGCCAGGUCGGCCCGGCUACUCUCUGGAUGAGAUCUUUGUAAUGGUGCGGUCACAAGUCCUGCAGCAGCGUCACCAGGGCCUCCAGAUGCUGGCCAAUAUUUUCCGCAACGCCAAGGAGGGACUCUAUGAUCGGUGCACCAACCCUCCUCUCAUACAGCUGGCGAUAGAGGCAGGUGUUGUGCUGCUGCUGAGGUUUGCGCUGGAUGACCCGUCUCACCUGGUGUACCGGGAGGCAGUGAGGGGCCUGCAUCACCUGGUGGCCAGCGACCCUGAUGAGCUGUGCCUGGCCCUCGCACACCCCUGGACUCCUGGUGGCCUGGAGCCGGGGGUGGCCAGCGAGGUGCAUGCCAGUGAUAAGACCCGACAGGAGCUGGACAAGGAAGAGCAGGAUCUUCGAGACCAUGAGGUGAUUAAGCUGGAUGUUGUUCGUGCCCUCGUCAGGAUGGACACCCUCGUCAGGCUCAGAUACUUGCUGGAGAAGGUGCGGCCCGAAGCACAAACCGUCAUUGACAUCCUGGCCAUCCUGACCCGUGUGGCCAGACACUCCCUCACAGCAGCGUGGAGUCUGGCAUCCACCCCAAGGCUCCUCUCCGUCAUCCUGGACUCCUUCCUUCCCCACAAUGUGUCAUCACUUCUCACCGGCGCCUCCGUUGCCUCCAUGUCCUCUGUGUACGGUGUGCCCCUCAGACACGCCCUCCACCUGCUGCGGGUGUUGGCUGGCAAGGGACGGCAGUUGGCAGCACUGCUGGUAAACACGUACCAGGUGAUGGACAGGCUGGUGGUGUACGUGUCCCUGGAGCCCAGUGAGGUCAGUCUGCCGCUGCAGGAGGCACUCAUGCUGAGCCAGGAAGCGUACUCCCUUUGGUCCGUCCUGCUGACCUAUGGACUUAGCAAGCCAGUGGAGGCAGUGGCCAGCUUCUACCCAAUGUUUGUGCGGCAGCUGGUGUUCUACCGGGACAAGGUGUCGCUCAACCAGGACCAGGACAACAACAAGUUCAACUAUGACGUCGGCGCACAGAUGGUGGCAGCACUGGGCCGGGCCGUGGAGGUGGCCGCCACUCACUCCCUGCUGGAGGCGCGGGCCAGGUUGAACCAGGGCACGGUGGCUGAGGCUGACGGCAAGAUGGUGGUCCUGCCGCCACCGCCACUCACCUGGGCACACCUGCAGGACCUGCCACACCUGGUGGAGACCUGCCUGGCCAAGUGGCUGUCACAACUGGCGCGGGACGAUUGCCGCCCGACCUUCUCUGGCCUGAGGCUCGUUGGCAGCUGCUGCACAUUCCUUACAGCGUACUACUCCCGCUGGAAGGAUCAAACCUCUUACAGUCACCAGGAGUGUCUGGCCAGAACUGAAAAUUUGUACAACACCAUCAUCUCACCGUUCAUCAGCUCCCCUGCCUUCAUGCAGCUGCUGGCUGUACUGCCCGCCCACUCCUCCCUGUGCAGCGGCCUGCAGCCCGGCACAUCCCGGGACCCCAUCAACCUGGGCUCUCUGGGCUGCGUCACCCUGGGAGGGACAGUGGUGCCCCUCAUCCAGUCAUCCUCGCCCUUUCCCCUGCUGUUGCCCUUCAGUAGCUUGCUCCUCACCCUGAACACCCUGCACCCUGCCCUCAUACACCCCACACCAGACAGACUGCUGGAGUCUGAGCAGGUUGCCACAUACCUGGAGAAGAUGUGUGUGUCCCCACGCCGCCUUGCACCUCACUGGCUGACCCGUGCUGAGGUGUACUUCCUGGCCAACACUCUGCAGCUGGCUGGCACUUCAGCAAGCGUUGGCAGUGCAAGGAAGGUGUUGUUCCAUGAAGCAGCUCUGUCUCUCCUGCCGUGCAUCCAUAAAGGUGAUGAACAUCUGCUCAAGGAACUCCUCACCAAGGUGAUAUGUGUGCCUGAGUUCACCUGUGACCUUGCUGAGGUGGCUCGAGGGAUUGGUGACAUGAGCCUGAGUGACUAUGAGCCCCUCAGGUCCCCAGCCCUCCACCAGCCAGCCCUCACUGCCUCCCAGAUGACCUCCAGCGUGUUCCAGUCCCUGACCUCCAUUGGGAGUGAACUCGCUGCUGCUCUGGUGACCAAGAAGGAGGUGGUAGCCAGUUCAGUCCUAGCGGGCCGGGUACCCUUUGCCACAAACAGCAUCACUAUCAGCCAUGUGGAAGAUCCCCUCAUCCUGGACCAGUUCUGGCCGCUCACGCCCCUCAAGUAUGCCUUCAAGGACAGGUGGGUGCCCUGCAAGGAAGGGGAAGGCACCCAAUCCAAGCCUGAGGACAUCCUGACGGUGACACGCUGCCUUCAGAUGGCCUACAUGGGUCUGAAGCACCGGUCACGUAUCUUGCUUCCUCCGUCAGCUGCCUCUCACUCCUCCUGGCUGCAGCACCUUUCUCUGGCCUUCCUGUCUGCUAGUGACCUUUUCCUUGACCCAACCAUUAGCUCCUACCUGCAGGGAUGUGUGGUGGAGCUGCUGGGGAAAGGAGGUUAUGCCAAGAUGACGCUGCAGCAGCCCAUCGAAGGCUUCUCCUCCACGUCUGACUGGUACCGCAACCUGGUGGAUCAGUACCAGGCUGUCUCCUACGGCGACUCCACCUUUGCCCUGUUUCUCAUUGUGCCCCUGCAGCAGCAUUGCCCCAAGGAGUUCCGCACUACACUUUGGGGAGAUGCGUGUGAUGCUCUCCAGUUCCUGUACCUUAGUCCAGAACAGGUGAGGCGGUUCAUCCCAUUGGAACAGUUCCUGGAACCACCUGAGGAGGAUGAGGGUCUCAUCACCAGGUACCGUGCAGCAGUCGGUACCGGCACCAUCACUGCCAAGAGGAAUCCAUUGGUGCACACCAUCGCAGAGCACCACGCACGGCUCUUCCUUAGCCAUGCCGUCGAGACCAGAUGAGGCUGCCAGCACCUUCCAUGAUGGCUGACACUCACACAUUCAUCACCGCCUCAGCAUUCCUAGGGUCGUUACUUGCAGUGCUUCCUGCUGCACGUACAGGGACUGCUACGUGUCGGCCAGAGGGCUUCUUGUAGCUUCCCUUGUUUUAUUAUGUUCUAUUUCCGUUUCACUUUACUCUCCUCUCACUGUUUGCAUUUUAUUUAUUUGUUUAUUAUUUCUAUAUUUAUUUAUUCAGCAUUUUUUGUAAAGGUGUAAAUGGUAACACAUAAGUCAACAUUGGGGGCACUUCUGUCUUAAUGACUCAUUGUGACACUUGUUAUGUAGAGGGCAGGUGUGAGGCAGCACGGGGACGUAAUUGUUCAGGGGGGAAGCACAACUUACCGCUUGUCCUCCUGUGAUCCAUGAUGACCUGCUCUGCCUGUGUCAUAGAGGUGGUGACCCUAGAUACUCCAGGCAAGGAAUAUUGUAAGUCUCUCUCUCUCUCUCUCUCUCUCUCUCUCUCUCUCUCUCUCUCUCUCUCUCUCUCUCUCUCUCUCUCUCUCUCUCUCUCUCUCUCUCUCUCUCUCUCUCUCUCUCUCUCUCUCUCUCUCUCUCUCUCUCUCUCUCUCUCUCUCUCUCUCUCUCUCUCUCUCUCUCUCUCUCUCUGAGCUGCAUGACUCCACAAAGAAGCAACUUUAUCAAUUCCUACAUUUUUUUUUUUUUUUUUUUUUUCCAGUGUUGAAACAAGGAUGAUGUACAAGACACCACUAUGGAAGCUUUGUACAGGGAUCAUCAUGUCUGCUGGUCUCUUGUGGCUUACUUGUGUUGUAUGUGUGUACUAACUAGUGGUGCUGCUGAAGGAGAGAGUGCUUCCUGUGAUAAAUCUAUAUACUGCACAUAAAGCUCUGAGUACAAG